AUGCAGACGCAUCCUUCCUACCACCAGCAGCCCUCGCCUGCUACAAAUGGCCCACGAUUCGAUGCCAAUUCUCAGAUUCGUCCUCCUGCGCCUCCCUUUCAUCCGUUUCCUCCUACUACCACUUUCAAUUCCGAUUUCUUCAAGCAGUUUGCAAGUGCGGGUUUCCCGCCUCCACCCCCUCCAAACUUCCCUCCAGUGCCAAUACCCGGUGCUGCGUAUCCGCAGCUGCCUGGUCCCGUGAAUACCUCCGCCUCCUCGCCCUAUCCUCAACAUCUUGCAACCGGAGCGCCAGUAUUUGGUGCAGGCUUUAAUCCCAGUGAACAGCCACGCCAGCAUGCAGGAGAUCAAUUCAUGGGCCUGCAACCGGGCUCACGAGGUGGACUGGAUGUGCAGACAGAUACCCAGGCGUAUGGUGCAGCAAUGGCUGUCCAGAGUGGAAUCUCACACACUGUACAUCCCCCUCUUAAAACGAGAGAUCUUGACAAGGACCAGACUGUCCCGUCUUUUGGCUCGAGAUCAGAUGUCGAUAUGCUGUUUGCGAGUGCUCAGAGGCAGGCUGUGCUAGGGCCGCCUGAACAGCCUAUGACCGCUUCGCAAAUCAUAGAUGCGAAUAGCACCACCGACCUUGACCUAGCAGCUGAUGGGAACGUUUCGCCAUACGAUCCUACUCGUCCCGCCGCGAUUAACGACCGAGCACCAGGCGGCUUUACGUCCUCCAGCAAACCCCCGAAAAGCGCCAAUCUCAAGCCGGUUGAGAGAACCUACGAUAAUAAGUCCCUCGUUGAGCUCCGACAGCUUGCAAAGGGCGCAGUUUUAUCUCUGGUGCCCCACAAAAUCCUCUUCGUUGAUUUGGUAAAAGAAGGCGUGAAUCCACAAAUCUUGCAGGAAUUGUAUGAAGAGCUUGGCCUAAGGAUCGAAGUUGGUCCAUCGAAACCUCGCGAUGAGUCCCAGGCUGAGCGAUCUCAUCUCGUUGAUGGCACCGUUCCCCCGACAGCCUCGCAUAUGCCGAAGGUGGAAACGCAAGAGCAUCCACCGACGGAAGCCAUGGCGCAAGCAAUUCCGGAAACCUCCAAAGUCGCACUCUCUUCUGCUCCCCUCGUUCCAAGCAUGAUCAGUGAGGCCGUAGCGCCACCAGCCGUCCUGGAUGUGAGGAAUCAACAGUCAGCGCCAAGUCCCAGUCUGGAACGGAAGGAUCGCAUUGCCCAAUUGCUUGCUGCAAAGACAGGCCGUCCGACACCUAACCCGCCUUCGGCCGCUCUGUCCCAGCCAGAAGGACCUAGAAUGGCUGCUUCGGCCACAGCAUCUGCGCAAUUGGCUGGCGUUGGGGCGCCGUCUUCUAGUCCACAGACAGGGCCGGUCCAGCUGCCAGAAUCCGUCGCGGCUCCACAAGAAGCAAUCGGAACAAAACCGAAGGCUCAGACCGAAUUGGUAAAACAGAAAAUGGAACAGCUGAAGCGUGAAGCGCAGGCAAAGACAGGUGCCGGUGCACCGGAAAUCCCCUCGGCAGAGCCAGCGACUUCCAAUAGCGACACCAGUGCUGAUAUUUCAAGAAUGAUUCCUCAUUCUGGAAGUGCCAUGCUUUCGUCAUCGAACAGACCUUCCUCUUUUGCGAGCCAACCCACAAUGCCACCAUCCCUGAUUCCGGGAUUGUUCAUGACGUCGACGGAAUCAUCUGGUUUUGAUGAAGCUGCGAGACCAGUGAAGGAGGCACCAACGAGCUCCGAAGGGGGCGGUAGACAAGUGAAUGCCGCUGUUGAAAAUGAGCCCCCUGUUGGCCCACAAAAUCUUCAUUUUCCGUCGUCGUCCACUGUCCCGACGAAACGCCCCUCUGACUCUGAUUCAGCUGCAAUAGACAUACCCCUUCCCAAGAAGCCGAAUACGCAACAAAAUCUACAGUAUGAUUCAUCCCUACUUCUUCCAGAUAACGAGGCCGACUACCAGUCAGAAGGCGAAAUCGUCGAAGAACGGGAGAGCGAUGCUAUGGCGCUGGGGUCGGAUUCAGAACAAGAUAUCCAAGAAAACUAUAUACCACCUGCUUCAAUGUCGACAACUGCCACGUCAAUCUUCAAUAAGCCAACGUCCAUCAACCAGGCUCCGACAACAACCCUACGGACAGCCUCAGCCAAUGAACCAGGAAAGGACGAGUUGUAUCGUGCCAAACAAACGGAGAUCGAAGCCCUCCGUCGGAAGAUCGCGGACUUGGAGCAACGGAACAAGUUGAAACGAACCAGAAGUCAGAUCGAAUCUCCGUCAUCAUCGAACCCUCCAACGCCCGCGGUAACUAGAGAAGACCAAUCAUUAGCCAGUUCGCCUCUUCCACAUACCAUUGAUCUGCCAGGCGUCGCCCGACCUUCGACUCAGCGACAGCCUUCGGGUCCUUCUGUGAUCUCCAAGCUAACUCCUGCGCAACUUCAAGAACGCGAGGCCGUAUUGAAACAAACACUCCUAAGACAGCGUGCUCAAAGGCAGCAAGUAUUACAAGAAGGCUUGCCUGACCUGAACGCGAAAGUGAAAAAGACUGAGACCCGCCUUGAGGAUUCGCGCAAGGAGCUCGCACAAGUCCGGGGUCAAUUGCAAAAUAUGCGCAUCGAAGUCGACCGCUUAGGGUUGCAGGAGAAGAGACUAGUCGAGGAAAUCGCCCAGUUCGAAGAACAACUGCAAGAAGGCCGAUCCGGCCAGAAACGAUAUUCCGACGAGCUGCAGCAAAUCAAACUUGAAAAGCUUGCCGAAGCUCAAGUAGCACCUACAAAAGAGGAUUCGGCCGUCUUCUCAACCUCAACCCAGCCCACAACAAGUACAAUUCCUCAGUCAUUAUCAGGCUUGACCAACGGCCAUCUCGACAAUCAAGAUAGGAAUCUGCCAGAACGGCAGAGUUCACUCGGCAUACCAGUCGAAUCCGUUUCCGCCAACAUGACCGCUGGUGAAGAAGUUGAUACUGACAUGGAUGGAAAAAAUAUUGACGAGUCGCCAAAUUCUCUUAGCAUUCAGAGUGCUCUGCAAGGGGAGACGGAGCCGGUAGAGCCAUGUGAGGCUCUCCACCCCGCGCACCAACUUCAAGCAGAUGAGAUGGAGAUCUCGCCUGAACCAGAAGAUUAUGUUGAGACUCAUGAGCACUUGCCAGCAACUUUGGAGAUGACACAGACGUCCGACGAGGCCAUGGAUGUGGACAAUGAUAGUAGCGGAAGCGCAAGCAUGUCCGGCUCGGAUGAUGGGGAAGAUGAGUACGAGCCUGCAGACGCCGAUAUUCUACGACCUAUGCAACAGUCCGAGGACGAGUCUGAGGAGUAUGACCCUGAGACAGCGCCAGUGGAGAGUGUCACGCCGACAACUGUACCGGAAGAUGGAGCUCAAGACUUUCACGAGCCCUCUGAGAACGCCGAUGCUAGCGAACCUAACACAGAGACCGGGAAUUCAAUCGACGGAGCGCCAGAUGUUUCGGGUGCUACCGAGUCUGACACUUCGUUUGUUGAGGCCGAGGCAGCAGUUAACGGGGUCGGUGCUGUGUCCGAGGUGCCAGCUAACACCAAAGAUGACCUCGAGUCCCGUGAUCAAUUAGCGGACGCUGAUACACUGGUCAGACCGCCACCAGGAUCAAAUCGAGAGACUGAAGUUGUUGCCUUCCUUGACGGUACCUGCCCACUGCCUACGCAUUAUGUGCCAUACAAGACGCCACUUAGCGCCUUUAAGACUUAUCGCUUCCACUCCGAUUAUCCAGAGACAGUCAAGUCUGGCUAUCGCUCGUUAACAUACAGCAAUAACAUCGACCCUUCCCGUCCCCUUUGCCCCACCGAACUUUCUGGCGAAGCCUGUACCGACCCGAAGUGCGAGGAGCAGCAUUUUGCUCAGAUUGGUCUUCCCGAUGACAAGAUUCUUGUCCAAAUGAGUUCAGCUAGUGACAUCAAAGGCAAAGCAACACGGGACGAAUUCCAUGCUGGGCUGAAGCAGGUGAUUGCAGGGUUGAGGGCUGGUGAGGUGAAGGAUUUCGAAAAAGUGGCGGAAGCCCUUUCCACAUAUCGACGGAAAUUCUUCGCCGCGAGAGAAGAGAAAGAGGGACAAGAAGACGACGACACACAACAGCAAGACAGACAAGAGCAAAAAGAGGCAAAAGUGCAAGAAGUCGCGGACUCUUAG